GGGGGCGCAUGCGCACUGGCGAGCGAGUGUCAGCGCGAGGCCUGGCGAGUCCUAUUGUGUGCCUGAGGAGGAGAGGCCUGAGGCGCCGUGCUGCGGGCGAGGAUGGAGCCGGGCCCUCUGGGCGGCGACGGGGGAAGCCCCAACCACGACGCGGCCGGCACAGCCGCCUCCUCCUCCUCGGCCGCGGGGCUCACGGCCUCCCAGCGCCGGGCCGAGAUCCGCCGGAGGAAGCUGCUCAUGAACUCCGAGGAACGGAUCAACCGGAUCAUGGGCUUCCACCGGCCGAAAGGAGAUGAAGACAGCCAUUCAGAAUCUAAACUUCAGCUUGAAUCAGAAAAACCAAGCCCUCUACCAGCUCCUGUUUCCAAGCGGGUUGUGCUUGGGGAUACUGUCUGCAGCUUGGCAGGAACAGCCGAUCAUGCAGGCAGCAUAGUGGAGAAAAAGGACGCAUUUAACAAACCUCCCGAGGCUGGUAGUGAUGGUACAAGUGAGCUCCGGCAGCGCAGCAGGGGGGAUCUGAUAGAGGCUCCUCAACGAGCCCCUCGCCAUGGUUUAGACCAGUACUUGUCAAGAUUUGAUGAAGCCAUGAAGCUCAGAAACCAGCUCAUGAGUGAGAAGCCGAGCCAAGAAAAUGGAAAUGCAGUGGAAGAAUUUGACUCUUUCCGCAUUUUUAGAUUAGUUGGAUGUGCACUACUUGCCAUUGGAGUUAGAGCUUUUGUGUGCAAAUAUCUGUCAAUAUUUGCUCCCUUUCUUACCUUACAACUUGCAUAUAUGGGAUUGUCCAAGUAUUUCCCAAAGAGUGAAAAGAAGACGAAGACUACAGUUUUAACAGCUGCUCUUUUACUCUCUGGUAUCCCUGCAGAAGUUAUUAGUCGUUCCAUGGACACUUACAGCAAAAUGGGGGAUGUUUUUACUGACCUUUGUGUCUAUUUCUUUACCUUCAUCUUCUGCCAUGAACUGCUCCUGUUUUUCGGUUCAGAAGUGCCCUGAUGGCUGUGGACGUCGGUGUGGUGUCUUCAACAGGACUGCAUCAAUCUUGGUUUUUGUACAUGUCUCUGGAUAUAUAAACAGGGUUAUCCCAUUCAUACUUGUUUCUGUGCUUUGGAAGCACACUUCUGAAGGGAAGGGCAUGGUCCCAGCACUGAUGCAGAAUUACUAUAGUUUGAAAGACAGUGCACGAUGUCUUAGUUACAGAAUACAAAUAGCAUUCCAAGUGCAGGGCCUUUCUGUUAUUCUAGAAUAUUGUCCUUUUACCCUAUUCAAGGUACCGUCUUCUAUUGUAACAUUUCCUCUGGCUCUUUAGUAUAAAAACCGUGGAUAGCUAAGGUCUUGUGCUUGUCAGAAUGACAUGUCUUAUGACCUGGCUCCUGUUGCAAAAAGGAUGAAGAACAUUUUGACCCACUCUCCUUUCCCUCUGUGCUCUCUGAAAUGUCUGCUGUGGGGUGGGGGAACCUUUUGGAACACCAUAAAAGGGCUAUGGGGAGAUUCAGGGCAAAGAGGAAAUCAGUGAAAAUGGCCUCCUUUCCAAAUCCCUGCAGGAUCUUGGUUCCUUCUGAGAAAGGGGGCAGACUUAAUAUUCAUGCAAAGCAUGCUCUGAUUCUAUCCAGAGGAAUUUCUGAGGGACUACUCAUGCUGUUAAAUUGCUGUAAACAUCUCCAUACAUUUUUAGCCAUUAAACGAUUCUGACAAAAAGUCAAUUCUCAAGCUGCCUGUUACUGCAACAGAAUUAAGCUUGGCGUAGGUCAUGUGUUUGUUUUAUAAUUGGGAAGGGUUGAUUGGAAACGUGAAUGCCAGACCUUAAAAACUAGGUAAUAAAAUCCCAUUGGUCCCACUGAGCAUUCAUUAAUUUUUGCAUCUAAAUAGGAAUCCUAAUAAAUUAUGUUUACAUGGUUUGAUGGCAUUUUUACUGUGUUAAGUGAAUACUGCAGAUUACAAACUGCUCUCAGUGAUUAGACUUUUGUAUCUAACUAUGUCAGCAGUUUUAUCCAUCACUGUUGUUUUAAUGCAUUGUAGUUUAAACCAAUGCAGGAUUUUGAAUCAUGUUUCCUACAUUUUUCUUCCCAAGAAUACAUGGUUUCGCCUCAUUGGCCUGGACAUUUUAGGAAUUCUUGUAUUUAUUUGUAAUUGAGGAAGAAGGUGGCUUUGUAUGUUAAAAAUUAGUCUUUGUCCUAAGUUAAAUUGUUGCUUUUUGUGAAUUCUAGUUUAUAGGAUGGGUGGGUAGCACAGAACAUGUUCAAUCCAGACUUUAAAAGGCAUACUGUGAAUGGGGUCUUACAACAAGACCAGACAGAAUUACUUGAAACUGCUUCUACUGAAACCAGUGGUAUAGUUCUAAAUAAACCUUUAUGUUCCUCAAGGCUUCUGCUGAGUGGUUGGUAGCAUCAUCAAACCUUUUCUUGCCUUUAGUUUAGAGUUCUUCAUAUACAUAUAUUUCAGAUAAGGAAGUUUUCCCCAAGCAUGUUAUCUUUAAGUCGUUUCUGUAAAUCCCAAUUGUUGUACAUCAUGAAAAGAAUAAUACAUUUUUCACUUGAUCUUUACUUGAUCAAGGAUAAAGGUCAUACUAGAGCAAGGACUGGUACAGAAAUAACACUAAUAACACUAAAGAAAAUGACUGUGUAAUCACUGGUCUUUUUACUUGUCUGAGGGCUGUUUUCUGUUUUCAUGUGUUCCAGUGGUGUGCUUGUCUGUUGCCAUUACUGGGCAAAACAACAAAGAAGCAGUGGCUCACCACAGACCCUGCUGGUCUAAUUUUUCAUUGAGUCCUGUGUUAUAUCAGAAAGGAUUCGAUUAAAAAGUAGACCACUGUGGUCUAGUUCUCAUUAUGCCAAAGCAGGUAUGAAUAAUGUGUGAUCUUCCAGGUGAUUAGGACUAUAGCUGUCAUUAGUCCUAUUCAGCACAUAGGAUGGUAAGGCAUGCUGAGAACUGCAGUCAAAUAAAGCUUGGUAUGAAACAAGUUGCGCACCUCCGUUCUAACAGAUUUUUUUUCUUGACUUUUGUCCGAGUAGCCUUUCUAAAUUAGUAUGCUACCAUUAAGUUAAUAAAUCUGUGUGCCAUUUAAGUCUUGCUUAGCUAAUUCUAAAUCUCUAUGGUUAAACAAGCUAAGACCAUUUAUCUUUUUUGAGGUGGUAGUGUUUUUGUUGGAAAUUAAAACUACAUGUUUCCCACCAGAAGGAUAUCUUAACUAGUAGUAGGGUUUGGGGGAACUUUCCUAAUAAUCGUAAUACUACAUAUAAUUUAAUUGAAUUUCAUUGUUCUGAUUACAUGUGUUCCAUAAGAAAUGUGUCCUAUAGUGAGAUUAAUAAAAGGAAUCAGGGCUCACAGUUAUUUUUGCCACAACAAAUAAGACUGCAUUCAUUUGAUAAAACCAAUAUCUAAAAAAAUUGAUCAGAAAAUGAGUAAAAUCUCUCUUUGAAUAUGGCUUCCUCUUUAGAUUCUAGUUUGGGUAUAUGGCGUGUCCAGUUGGUUUUUACACUACAAUAAAAUGUCAGCUUUUAAUUUUGAUGUUUGGUUCUCUAGUCUUAUUAAGUCUUAAUAAACUAGUCUUAUUAAGGUCUCUUAUUAUAUCUCUGUUAUAUGGAAAAGUCUUGUUUGAAGAUAAUGGAUGAACUUAAAAGAAUUCCGAAAUGGAGUUCGGUUUAGAGAAUUGUGUGCCUAAUGAGUGGCUUUCACAGGCUCAUCAUAGAAACCUUCAAAAUGGUCUGAGCCUUUCACAAUUUGACAGUCUUGCCAUCUAAGUUAAAGCUACUGUAAUUAGCACACAAAUUGGGUCUGUUCUAAUGGCAUUUCUAAUGCCCUGUAUUUCAACUAUGCUUGCCAGUGGGGAAAAAAGAGUUAAUCUAAAAUCCGAUUGGAUGUUUUUUUCUUAAAUUUAAAAGCCACAUUUCUAGAUUUUUUUAAAGUUUCCGAUGUCGCCCUCUUCUCUGCAGUGAAAACUGAAGUAUAGGUUAGAAUAAUUGCCAAACAGUCAGGAAGUGUUCCAUAUGUCCUUUCGCAAAAACUGGAGCUCCUGUGUGUAUUAAAUUCAUGUGAUCUUGUAUGUCCUUCAAUAUGAUUUCUAUGCUGGUUCUAAUAAAUUUAUUAAACUUAA